AUGUCGACGCGACAGCCCCCAGCAAAGGCACCCCAAGGCAAGCCAGCUCCUGUGCCGCCAAACCAAACCCUCUAUGUGUCGAACGUGCCGUCGUCCAAGAUUCAAAAGGCUGACCUGAAGACUGCCCUCUACAUGCUCUUUUCCACGUACGGCCCCGUUCUCGAUGUUGUCUGCAUGAAAACCGCCAAAAUGCGCGGUCAAGCUCAUGUCGUCUUUCGCGACCUUCAAGCGGCUACGCAAGCCAUGCGCUCACUCGAGGGCUUCGUGUUCUUGGGACAACCACUGAGGAUACAAUACGCCAGGGGCAAAUCAGAUGUCAUCUCUAAACUUGACGGCACCUAUAAUAUUCCCGAAAAGGGUGGCGCCGAGACCAACGUCGAGAUGACGGCGACUCAACAAAGCAUCUUUAAUGCACCUGCCCCCGGAACGACUGCUGCGACGGUUCCAUCGGCCUCUCGUGGACUCCCGGCAAAACCGCCGGCUGCUCCACCUGCAGAUUCGUCCACCGAAGAAGCUCGAGGCCAAAAGAGGGCCCGAGAUGAUGAGGAUGAAGAGGAAGAUAGCGACAGCGACGUUGCCAUGGAGGAAGAGAGUGACAGUGACGACGAGUGA